AUGUCGGAGGACGGCCGGCUAUCGAUCUACGACCGCGAUCUCGAUCGCGGCGCCGCCAACUGGGUUGCCCUGUCGCCCUUGAGCUUCCUCAAGCGAGCCGAGCAGGUCUAUCCGAACAAGCCUGCCGUCAUUCACGACCGUGUCUACAGCUAUGCCGAACUGGGUGUGCGGGUGCGCCGUCUCGCCUCGGCCCUGCAGCGGCGGGGGAUCGGACAGGGCGACACCGUGGCCAUUAUGGCGCCGAAUGUGCCGGCUCUUCUGGAGGCGCAUUUCGGCGUUCCUCUGGCCGGUGCCGUUCUCAAUCCACUCAACAUCCGUCUCGACGCCGCCAACCUCGCCUUCAUUCUCGAGCACGGCGAGGCAAAAGUGCUGAUCACCGACCGGGAGUUCGCGCCGACCAUCGAGCGUGCUCUGAAGCAGCUCGCGAAGCGCCCUCUGGUGAUCGACAUCGACGAUCCCCUGACGGAAGCGCAGGGCGGCGAGCGCGGGGCCAGGCUCGGGGAGCUCGACUACGAGGCCUUCCUCGAGGGAGGAGAUCCGGACUUUGCCUGGCGGUUGCCAGACGAUGAGUGGCAGGCGCUCUGCCUGCUCUACACCUCCGGCACCACGGGCAAUCCCAAGGGCGUCGUCUAUCAUCACCGUGGCGCCUACCUGAACGCGGUCGGGCAGGCCGUGACCUAUGGGCUCGAUCGCAGCAGCGUCUACCUUUGGACGCUGCCGAUGUUCCACUGUUCCGGCUGGACCUUCACCUGGGGCGUGACCGCCGCUCAGGGGACCCACGUCUGCCUGCGCCGGGUCGAUCCCAAGCUGGUCUAUGCCCUGAUCGAGGAGCGGGAGGUCACCCAUCUCUGCGGCGCGCCUAUCGUGCUGAACCUGCUGGCGCACGCUCCGGCCGAUGUGCGGCGCGAACUGCGACGGCCAGUGCUGGUCGUGACCGGCGGUGCGGCGCCGCCCUCCACGGUCAUCGCCAACAUGGAGAAACAGGGCUUCCAGGUGGUUCACGCCUACGGCCUGACGGAAUGCUAUGGCCCGGCGACCUACUGCGCCACGCAGGAUGCCUGGGGCGAUCUCGAUCUGGAGCAGCGGGCCGCCCGCAUGGCGCGCCAGGGGGUGAGCUACGUGACGCUCGAAGAGGCGACGGUGCUGGAUCCGCAAACCCUGUCAGAGGUGCCGCGCGACGGCCAGACCAUGGGCGAGCUGAUGCUCCGCGGCAACACGGUGAUGAAAGGCUACCUGAAGAAUCCCAGUGCCACCGACCAGGCCUUUGCCGGAGGCUGGUUUCACACCGGUGACCUCGGUGUGCUGCAUCCGGACGGCUACAUCGAGGUCAAGGACCGCGCCAAGGACGUCAUCAUCUCUGGCGGCGAAAACAUUUCUUCGCUGGAAGUGGAGGAAGCCCUGUAUCGCUAUCCGAAGGUCCUGGAGGCGGCCGUCGUCGCGAAACCGGAUGAGCGCUGGGGGGAGACACCCUGCGCGUUCGUGACGCUCAAGCCGGGCAUGGAGGCGACGGCGGAGGAGAUCAUCGCUUUCUGCCGCGAUAAUCUGGCUCACUACAAGGCGCCACGCAGCGUGGUUUUCCGCGAUCUACCCAAGACAUCGACCGGCAAGAUUCAGAAAUUCAACGCCGUGGUGACGGGCGCUUCCAGUGGGCUCGGUCGUCACUUCGCCCAGAUCUUGGCGGCUGCCGGUGCGCGGGUGGCGAUCGCCGCCCGGCGCACGGAGCGCCUGGAAGCGCUUCAGGCGGAGAUCGAGUCUUAUGGUGGCCGUGCGCUGCCGGUCGAGCUCGAUGUCCGGGAUGCCGUCUCGGUGAGGGCUGCGGUCGGCUGCGCGGAAACUGAACUCGGGCCGAUCCAUCUUCUGAUCAACAACGCCGGCGUUGCGGACUCCAAGCCCGUCUUGGAGCUUACCGAGGACGAUUGGGACCGGGUGGUCGACACCAAUCUCAAGGGGGCCUGGCUGGUGGCGCAGGAGACGGCGCGUCACAUGGUGCGGUUGGGCCAUGGCGGCAACAUCAUCAACGUCGCCUCGAUCCUCGGGCUGAGCGGGAGCGGACAGGUCGCCAGCUACUGCGCGGCCAAAGCGGGGCUGAUCAAUCUGACUCGCGCGAUGGCGGCCGAACUGGCGCGCCAGGACAUUCGGGUCAACGCCCUGGCGCCGGGUUACGUCGUCACCGACCUCAAUCGCGACUUUUUGCAGAGUCCGGCCGGAGAGUCGCUGUUGCGUCGCAUUCCGCAGCGGCGUUUCGCGGAACUCUCCGAUCUGGAUGGCCCCUUGCUGCUGCUCGCGUCGGAGGCGUCGCGCUACAUGACGGGCGCGGUCGUCACCGUCGACGGAUACCUGCCAAUGGACUUUGCUCUUUCGCCUGAUGUCGACCGCUUGCGCCGAGAGAUCCGCGCCUUUGUCGCGCAGGAAAUUCUGCCGCUGGAGAGCGAUCCGUCGAACUUCGACGAGCAUGAGAACAUUCGGCCCGACCUGCUUGCACAGAUGCAGACCAAGGUUCGGGCGGCGGGACUCUGGUCGCCGCAAAUGCCGAAGGCGCGGGGCGGACAGGGCCUAUCGGUCGCCGGCAUGGCGGCCUGCUACGAGGAAAUGGGACGCUCGAUCUUCGGACCGGUCUGCUUCAACUGCGCCGCGCCCGACGACGGCAAUAUGAUGAUCCUCGAGAAGAUCGGGACGACUGCGCAGAAAGAGCGCUGGCUGCAACCCAUCGUCGAUGGGGCCGUUCGCUCGUCCUUUGCGAUGACAGAGCCGCAUCCGGGCGGCGGCUCCGACCCCGGCAUGAUCCAGACCUUCGCGGAGAAGCGGGGCGACCGCUGGGUUGUGGAAGGGCGCAAGUGGUACAUCACCGGUGCCGGCGUGGCGCAGCACUUCAUUCUGAUUGCCCGGACGAACCCGGACCGAUCCGAUAGCCGCCGGCAUCUCACUGCCUUCCUGUUCGACCGCGAUCAGCCUGGUUGGGAGAUCCUGCGACGCGUCCCGAUCAUGGGGCCGGAAGAACACGGCGGUCACUGCGAGAUUCAGUUCGAGGGACUGGAGAUCCCCGACGAGAACCGCCUGAUGGAGGUCGGCGACGGCCUGAAGCUGACCCAGAUGCGUCUGGGCACGGCGCGCCUUACGCACUGCAUGCGCUGGCUCGGCAUGGCCAAGCGCGCCUUGGAGAUCGCCAGCGACUACGUCCAGGAGCGUCAGGGGUUCGGGGUGCGGCUCUCCGAGCGGGAAUCCGUCCAGGGCCUGCUCGGCCACGCGGCGAUGCAGAUCGAGAUCGGACGGCUGCUGACUAUGCGUGCCGCCAGCAAGCUCGACAGCGGCGACUUUGCCCGCAAGGAAGUUUCGAUGGCGAAGAUCCAAGUCGCCGAUACGCUGCAGCAGGCGGUCGACACGGCCAUUCAGUUGUGCGGUGCGCGCGGUUACUCCAAGGACACGCCGUUGGAGUGGAUGUACCGCUACGCCCGGCAGGCUCGCCUGGUGGAUGGGGCCAGCGAGGUGCAUCGCAUGGUGCUGUCGCGAUUCCUGAUGAAGGAUGGACAGGACUUCUUCGCCUGGGACGCGGUGGAGGCGGCGCGCGCGGACGCCGCGACCAUCGCCGAAGCUCGGCCGCUGAGCGGCGGUGCGAUUCAGGAGAACUGGCUGCUGGAAGUCGAUUUUCUCGGCGGCCCCUUUGCCGGUCGCCAGGAGUUGGUCCUGCGCACCGACGCGCUCUCCGGCGUUGCCGUCAGCCAUAGCCGUGCGGAGGAGUUCGCGCUGCUCCGCGCUGCGACGGCCGCCGGUGUAACGGUACCCGAGCCGCUGUGGCUCUGCGAAGAGGCCCGGGUGCUGGGCAAGACCUUUCAGGUCAUGCGCAAGGUGGAGGGCGUGGCGCUCGGAUCCAAGAUCGUCAGGGAUCUGCGUUUGGGGGGUGACCGCAGCGCGCUGGCCGAACGGCUGGGCCGCGAGCUGGCGCGGAUCCACUCGAUCCGGCCGCCUCACGAGGGGCUGGAGUUUUUGGGAGAGCCGCCCGCCGAUCCGGCCUUCGCCGAUGUGGUGCAGCUACGAGACUACGUGGAUGCGCUUGGCGAGCCGCGCCCGGUUCUGGAGUGGGGCUUGCGCUGGGCGGAACUCCAUCGGCCGCCGCCGCCCGAUGAGACCGUGCUCGUCCAUCGCGAUUUCCGUACUGGCAACUACAUGGUCGACGAGGCGGGUCUGACCGCGGUCCUGGAUUGGGAGUUCGCUGGCUGGGGUGACCCCGCCUGCGAUCUCGGCUGGUUCUGCGCGGCCUGUUGGCGCUUCGGCCGCGACGAUCUGGAGGCGGGCGGGAUUGCGUCGCGUGCGGACUUCUAUCGCGGUUACGAGGCCGAAGCCCGACGCGAGAUCGAAACCGAUCGUGUCGGCUACUGGGAAGUGAUGGCUCACCUCCGUUGGAACGUGAUCGCGCUGCAGCAGGGGGACCGCCAUCUUUCCGGCGCGGAGCGCAGUCUCGAUCUGGCUCUGACGGGCCGGCGCGCGGCCGAGCUCGACCUUGCAAUCCUGCGACUGACACCCCCGGAGAGCUGGAGCGGGGACUUGGCUCCAAGUCUGACGGGUGAACAGCGGUACAAGGCGUUGCUGGUCGCAUCGGCUGUUGCCAUCGUUCAGCGCGAGCUCGCCGCAGGAGACGAACCGGCUGAAGCCGAAGCUCUGGCGCUUGCGAAAUUGCUGGGCGGAGAGGGUGGCGUGGCAAAGCUAAACGCCGACCUAGCGACCGCAGUGCGGUCGGGGCGCUUCGACGGAUCAAGCGAGGUCUAUGCCGUGCUGGAGGAGGUGGUCAAAGCACGGGUUCGCGAGAGUAAUCCGACUGCGCUCGUCGAGCUGCCGUUGGGUCGAGCCGCAGGUGUGACGCUUGACGCCGCCGGCUUGGCAGUCGUCUUUGCGGGAGCCUUGCGGGCCCGGGUCGUUCCGGUUUUCGGCGUUGCAGCACCGUUGGCCGCCGUCUUGCGGGGGGCUGUCUUACGCGCUGCCGGCUUCCGGGCCGCGGUCUUCCGCGCCGUAGCAGGCUUGGCGGCCGCCGUCGUCCGACUGGCGGGUUUCUUGGCCGUCGUGGUCUUACGAGCGGUUGUCUUGGCUGCGGUUGUCUUAGCGGCCGUGGGCUUUUUAGCCGCGGGCUUGCGCGCAGCGGUCUUCGGGGCAGCGGCUUUGGAAGCCGGCGAGCGUCGUGCCGCUGCCGAUGCGGCAGGCUUCUUAGCCGCGGGCCGCUUCGCAGCGGGCUUCUUCACGGCCGCCUUCUUCGUCGCAGCAGCCUUCUUCGCUGCUGGCUUCUUGGCUGCCGUUUUCUUGGCUGCUGCCUUCUUGGCGGCGGCAACGUCCUUUUUCGCCUUGGCCGUUUCGCGCUUGGCUUUCUUCUCGAAGGCGCCGGUCAACUUUUUCAGUUCACCGUCGAUGCUUUUUUCGAUCUGCUCGAGCUUCUUCGCAGCCGUCUUCUCGAGCUUGUCGAGCUCCGCGUCGAGGGUCUUCACGUACCCACGGACCUUGGCGGAGGAAAGCUCUUUGCUGACGCUCUUCUCAAGUGCGUGCAGCUGCUUCUCAACCUGUCCGGAGACGGUCACAACGCGCUUCUGA